GUGCCGAAAUCCAAUAUGGAGUGCAUUUGAUGACUGGACGUCUAUUGUGAAAGAUUUAUUGUUUAAUCAUCGCUCCGGAUUACAACUGAUUCUCAACGAAGUCAACCAGUGCAUCGAGAGUCAUAUUAUUUUGCAAGUUCCAAGAAGCUCUAGAAGGAGGCUAAACGUAUAAAUGAAGCACUUAAAGGAGCUGAAAAAUCGAUCCUGUUAACCUUAGAAUCAGGAAGCUCUCUCAAGAAGAUAAAUCAUAUUUCAUAUCAUUGAUAUAUUACAACGAAGACUUCAGACAGAACGUUAAAUUAUUUUCCUACAAGGUGAACACUACCUUGUUGCGUAGUUCAAGAUGGACCUUAAUGGGAACUAAUGUAUUAUAGGUAUAUACUUGGGAACCUGUCGAAAUGGUUUCUUUUAUAAGAACAAUAAUCUCAAGGUCUUUGUUCACUACAAGAUUUAUAAGACGAAUUGUGUGUUGCUGUCAGAUCUAGACUGUUGGAUAGAUAAGCUCAGACAUUCUUAAUUUUCUAUCAAGAUUUGUAUUAUUCUAUACUGGAUCAUGUAUAGUUUUGAAGGUGAUUAUCGCCGCAAGCCACAGCAGAAUUUAGCUGGUGCAAGCCGUAGAGAUGAGAAGGCUGCUUUAUUGCAGCAUGCUCAAUUGGAAAGGCUCAAAAGAGAACAGCAGCGUAAGAAGCAUAAUUCAGCUGUUAAAGUGCAAGCUCAUAUUAGAAGCUUUGUCACACGUCAAUCAAUCCACAAGCAAGAAAGAAGGAAAUUUGAUGAGAUGCAACAAAAGUUUAACAGCAGACACCCUGAUCUGCCGGAACUGGUUCCAUUCAUUCAAAGGGUUUUGUUUUUUUAUGAUCCAGCAGAGGAUGCAACCAGGCUUCUCUGGGUUCUUCAACGUUUUUUAAAGUACCAAAAAGAAAUCAAGGAACUUUGUGGAAGCUCUAUCGAGUGGCUGUGGAGAUUACGUUGGAUUCUACGAGUUUGCAUGCAACACACUGUUGCAGCAAUUCCUCCAGACGCUGUACAAUCUCUCGCCAUACCGCUACGCGUGCUGGAAGUGUUUACUGUGCGAGAAGACACAGAAAAAAUUUUAAAGGAAAAAACAGAUCAACAUCUCGAAGGAAUAUUUAUUUACUUAGCAAAAAAUAAAUAUUUCGAGCAACUGAGGAAAUUAAUAGAUCUAAAGGUUCCUCCGAUGCUCGACGCCAGUCCUGUUCCUCCAACACCAAUGGCCAAAUGUCUCCUAGAUAUGAUAAAACGUCCUCUUAACUUAGUACACCGUCUGGAAUACAACAAUGAAUUUUCCAUGUUGGUUCUACGCGAACUCUGUGCUAACAUUCUCUCCCCAAGGAUGUCAGAACCCGUUAGAAUGCUUAUUGUACCAGCACUGUCGGAGUUCAAAGAGUUUCCUUACUCUCAACUCAUCGACUAUAUAAACCGACUAGGUACUGAGCCAACUAUCAGUCUACUAUACUCCGUUCUCUCUUUGGAGCCGGUAGGAUUUACUCCUGGAAAAUCUAGAGAUGUACUCAUGAACUACCUUCAAGUCCUGGCAUUACUCAGUUCCACGAUAACUCCUCCACCAGCUGAUCAGAGUAUAGACACAGCCGGUGAUUCUGAUAGUGAAACGGAUACGGAGAUGAUUGAUCAAGGUCAAACAGAUAUUUUACAUCAGUGCAUAGAAAUGUUGAACGGACAGCAUCGCGUUCAUGGAAUACUCGUAGCCGUGGACCGCAGUGAGGAUCCCGUUGUUCUUCAGCCGUUGUGCCAAUUAUGCCAUAACCUCCUCAUCACGCACAAGCUAGCUAUCCACAAGUACAAACUCCUUUACAUGCUGGCAUUUAAGCCCGCGUUUCUAAGGCACCUCUGGAAUGCUCUCUUGACAGUUUGUCAGACUUCCCUUUUCGGCGGAGCCACACCGCUUCUGCAAAUCAUAUCUCGUGGUAUAGCACUUUCUGCAGAAGAUACUAAGAAGAUAGUUCCUCUACUGGCCGUCUUUUGCUCACUGUUUAGCCUCCUUAUUGCGACCCUCCACGAUACUGAAUUUUUUACUGAGGUGCCUGUGGAUAAGCCGGAUAAUGGAGGCCAACAACCGAUGCCUUUUUCUACCUCGGCCUUGGUGCCACUCUCGACGCAUCUUAAAGGAGUUUGUCUAGGUCUAGUGGAGUUAGCCUUCCCAGACACAAGACCCACAGUGCGGGAUGAUUACAAGAAUGCCGUCCUAGGAGCUUCUGGGUCGGUUCAGACACAGCAGAACACUCAGAUGUGGGCACAUCUCUUUAAGGUCACUGUAGGACUUCUACGACAACUCCAUACUCGUGAUCUAAGGAGACAAUUCUGUCCGGAUAAUCACUGGAUAGCGUCAAACAUCGUGAUACCUAUGGACAAGCCCCAGGAUUUCACCUUUAGACGCAGAAGACUUAGAGGUUAUGUUCCUUUCCAGGGUCUACGGGCUUUUACAAGAGAGGAACUUGAAGAAGGCCCUCCUUUAUCGACUAAAGAAGUCAGAACGCUGACUCUUCUCCGUGAAAUACCUUUUGUCGUUCCUUUCAACGACCGUGUAGUUGUCUUUCAGUCUCUUAUUUAUAGAGAUAAAUUGGAACAGCAGAGUGAACUUACUCAAUUCAUGCAGGGUCCCUCGAUACAGAUUGCUGUUAGAAGGAAUUAUCUCUACGAAGAUGCCUUUGAGAAACUGUCUCCAGAGAACGAACCUGAACUGAGAUUGAAGAUGAGAGUACAAUUAGUGAACACAGCCGGGCUGGAAGAGGCUGGAGUAGACGGAGGUGGACUCUUCCGUGAAUUUCUCUCUGAACUCCUGAAGACGAGUUUUGAUCCCAACCGUGGUUUCUUCAGGCUGACCAAGGACAAUAUGCUGUAUCCGAAUCCUACAGUUCAUCUGCUAGUCGACGACUUUCCUAAGCACUACUACUUCAUUGGCAGAAUUUUGGGGAAGGCCCUUUACGAGAAUCUUUUAGUAGAACUACCUUUUGCAGAGUUCUUUUUAUCAAAAAUCGUCGGUAGGCAAUCUGAUGUAGAUGUGCAUCAUCUUGCUUCACUAGAUCCGAUUAUGUACAGAAAUCUUCUCUACUUAAAAAGUUAUAAAGGUGACGUGACGGAUCUGGGUCUUGACUUCACAGUCCUCUCCGACGAGCUUGGUGAGAGACGCGUCGAUGAAUUAAAAUCAAGCGGUGCCAAUAUUCCUGUGACGAAUCACAAUAGGAUUGAAUAUAUACAUCUGAUGGCUGAUUAUAAACUCAACAAGCAAAUCAGAGCUCAGUGCUAUGCCUUCAAACAAGGUAUCAGUAACGUCGUCCCCUUAGACUGGCUUCAGAUGUUUAACAACAAGGAACUCCAAGUCCUAAUCUCAGGAGCUCAAAUACCGGUGGAUGUGAAUGACCUAAAGCUUCAUACCAAUUACACUGGGGGUUAUGCUCCGGAUCAUCCGACCAUCACUGCAUUUUGGAAAGUUGUCGAAGAGUUCAACGACCAACAGAAAAGUCAACUACUCAAGUUCGUCACAAGUUGCAGUAGGCCUCCACUACUUGGAUUUAAGGAAUUGGAUCCUCCUUUCUGUAUCCAACUAGCAGGCAGUGUGGAUCGACUUCCAACUUCUAGUACCUGUAUGAAUCUCUUGAAGUUACCAGAAUUUCCAGAUGAGAAGACACUUCGUGAAAAGCUACUCUACGCGAUACAAGCAGGAGCUGGAUUUGAAUUGAGUUAAACACUAAAAAGAAAAACGAGGGGAUUUAAACUGGUGAAACAUGUGACUGUGAAUACAGUAAAAUAUCACGUCCAUACUCUAGGACUUAAAGGAAGCUACUUUUGAAUAUUGGGAAAAUUCUAGACAGACUUCAAUGACGACGUUUUUAUGAUGUUCUUAUUCCGGUUUGGGUAUUACUGAUUUAAAUGAAUCCAUCACUCCCAAAUAUUACUUAGAAAUGUCUGAUUUGUAAAUUCCAUUAGGUCAGUACUAAUUCAGCCAGAAUAAGAAAGCCAUGGAAAUGUCAAUGAAUAAUCCUAUUAUUCCAGAGGUAGGUUUAUUCCUGCUUGUCAAGGAUGACCCUAGGCACUUGGACUGUUCCAUAGGUAUUUGGUUGUUGGAAAACAAUAAUAAUUUCCAGGACAAAGGAAACUAUGAUUGUACCGAGGGGCCAAUUAUUUAGAGAAAACGUGUAGCAGUGAGUACUAAUACCGUCGCUGACUUAAACUGGAGACUUGUAAAGAUAGGAUUGAACACGUAACGAGUUCCUCGUCGACUCGAGAUGAAGGAUAUAUCAGGAUAAAAUGAUAAAUCCUGUUAACAUAAAAUAAUAUAUUUUUCGUUGCAACUUUCAGCCUGUGGCUCCCAUGUACCCUGUAAAUUCUGUAUAGUUUUAUGUUUUAUAUUCGCCAUGUGUCCAUCUACCUAUUGUUUACUGUUAUUAAUGUAAGUUACGUAAAACUGUAAAUGUAUCUAUUUAUGUAGUAGAAGUUAUAUCGGUGUAUAUAAAAGCUAACACAUGGAUCGUUGA